CGCUUUUGCUUGUCGCUGCACCACUGUCAUUAUAUCAAAGAGGUCGUCGUCGUCGUUGUCCACAACCUCUUCCCACCUCUAGCCCACCAUGCUCGGCUCAAACGUUCUCCGCGCAAACCAGCGCCAGGCCAAGCGCCAGCUCUCCACCUCGGCUAGCAACGCCGCUAAGGCCGGCCUCAACCGCUACUCCAAGAUCAUUACCCAGCCCAAGUCGCAGGGUGCCUCGCAGGCCAUGCUCUACGCCACCGACGGCAUUGAGAACAUUGAGGACCUCGCGAAGCCCAUGAUCGGUGUCGCAUCGGUGUGGUACGAGGGCAACCCAUGCAACGGGCACAUCCUGGGUCUGGGUCAGCGCAUCAAGCAGUCACUCCAGCGUGCUGGCGUCACCGGCUACCAGUUCGGCACUGUUGGUGUCUCGGACGGUAUCUCGAUGGGCACACGCGGCAUGUCAUACUCUCUGCAGUCGCGUGACCUGAUUGCGGACCAGGUUGAGACCGCCGCCGGUGGCCACUGGCUCGACGGCAUGGUUGUCGUCCCGGGUUGCGACAAGAACAUGCCCGGUGUCCUGAUCGGCCUUGGCCGCCUCAACCGCCCCGGUCUCAUGGUGUACGGCGGCACGAUUCGCCCCGGCCACUGUGGCGGCGGCAACACCGGCCGCCCGGAGGAGGUUGUCGACAUUGUGUCGGCGUUCCAGGCCUACGGCCGCUACCUCCAGGAGGGCCAAACCGAGGAGGCCGAGAAGAUCCGCUACGACACCAUCCGCAACGCUUGCCCCGGUCCUGGCGCGUGCGGCGGCAUGUACACUGCCAACACUAUGGCUUCGGCCACCGAGGCCCUCGGUAUGGCGCUCCCCGGCUCGUCGUCGUUCCCCGCCGAGUACAAGGAGAAGCUUGAGGAGUGCGACAGCGUCGGCGACGUCAUGCUCAACCUUCUUGAGAAGAACAUCCUCCCUCGCGACAUUAUGACCCGCGCGGCGUUUGAGAACGCCAUGGUUCUCACCAUGGCGCUUGGUGGCUCGACCAACGCCGUCCUCCACCUGCUCGCCAUCGCGCACUCUGUCGGCGUCGAGCUGACUAUCGACGACUUCCAGAAGGUCUCGGACCGCGUGCCGUUCCUUGCCGACCUCAAGCCCUCGGGCAAGUACGUCAUGGAGGACGUUUACACCAUCGGCGGCACUCCUUCCGUCAUCCACUACCUCAUCAAGGAGGGGCUGAUGACCGGCAACGAGAUGACCGUUACAGGCAAGACUCUCGGCGAGAACUGCGAGGAGUGGAUGGCCAAGCACGGCAAGCUCUGGGAGGGCCAGGACAUCAUCCGCCCCGUCUCCAACCCUAUCAAGGAGACUGGUCACAUCCGCAUCCUGCGCGGCAACCUCGCACCUGGCGGCGCCGUCGCCAAGAUCACCGGCAAGGAGGGUCUGCAGUUCACGGGCAAGGCCCGUGUGUUCGACGAGGAGAGCGCCUUCGUCGAGGCCGUCGAGAGCGGCUCGAUUAAGAAGGGUGAGAAGACGGUCGUCAUCCUCCGCUACCUCGGCCCCAAGGGUGGCCCGGGCAUGCCCGAGAUGCUCAAGCCCACCUCGCUCAUCAUGGGUGCUGGUCUCGGCCACGAUGUCGCGUGCAUCACUGACGGGCGCUUCUCCGGUGGCUCGCACGGCUUCGUGAUCGGCCACGUUGUGCCUGAGGCCCAGGUCGGUGGUCCCAUUGCGCUUGUACAGGACGGCGACGUCGUCAGCAUCGACGCCGAGGCCAACACCAUCAGCUUUGACGUGUCGGACGCCGAGCUGGCCAAGCGCAAGGAGAAGUGGGUUGCGCCGCCUCUCAAGGUCACCCAGGGCACGCUUCUCAAGUACGCCCGCCUUGUGUCGGACGCGUCGCAGGGCUGUGUCACCGACGCCUAAGCAAAAGGAGUAGAGCGCAGCUGGCGAUUUUCUAUAUCUGUCGUAGCAAGGACCACCACCUCCACCCCAAUAGCCAUUUUUCAUAUGUACAACAAUGAUGUGGAAUUUGUUUCCG